AGGACCUAGUUGUCAAUAUAAAUCCCCCACUUGCUAAUUGAAGAUCAUUGUCGACGUGUGAACGAGCUGGCAAAGAAUAUUUAACUCUUUAACGUCAAAUAAAAAACGUGGAAACAAAACUCGGCAAUAAAAAUCAAAAUACCAAAAAUAUUAUCCAAUUUGUCUUUUUUUCAUUACCGUACGAAGACGAAUCAUCAACCCAAGAAGUUUAAAGGUAUUGAUGGAACAACCGAGGAACAACAAGACCUCUCAAGAACAAGCCCGUGAAUCGCUCAUCGAAAUCUCUUACACUUCACCGGAGGAAGACGAGGUUAUAACGUACUCAGAUGUGAAACCUGUCACCAAUAUCUCAAACGGAGGUACCAAAAGAAACAAGCAUGAUGAGGAGAAGCUCAGAGAUGAGCUGAUUUCGAUAUCCUACGACGAGUCACCGUCACCUUCACCGGAUGUGGAUGUAGCUGUUUCGCCGACCCUGCCUAACGGUAUAUGUCGUGGAUAGGAAGUUUGUGUACAGCUUGAAGAAGUCUUUACUUUCUUAUGCAAAAGACUUUGGUUUGGUCUAAAAGUGAGACCAUUGUUAUAUGUUAAAACGUUUCUCCUCAACUAUAUGAUUGAAAAUCAAUGAAGUUUCUGUUUUGUGUGUG